GCUUAUUAAUUGUGUUCCCCAAGCCUUCUGGUAAAACAGACGACCCAGAACCUUCUCGUUUAACAGGAUAUCCUACUUGGCAUGGCAAGAUAGACGGUAAUGACCAACAGAAAGUUGAUUCAUUUGCAACUUUCGAUAGUAUUGUGCUACUCGUCGGAGCUAUUUUGACCUUCAGAUGGUCAUUCGUGGAAAAGCUGCCAAAGAACAAUGACUACAAGAUUAUUCAUAGCAAAACGAUUCCUUUUAGGUUCAUCUCGCUGUAUUGUCUGGCCACAUUUGUAGCUGUAGUUGCUUCCAUUGCUUUUGAUGUCGGCAAGCUGUGGGGUGUGUUUGGUGCCUUACACAACUUAAUGGAAGUGGCUAUCUUACUGCUCAUUGGUCAAAAUGGCAAGAUCAAGGGAGUUUCCUUUUCCCUUCUUUGGGGGGCCUACUAUCUGAUAAUCAAUACCGUAUGCCUUUUCACUAAUUUCCCGAUAGACGCUGUAUUCUUUAAAGUGCAAGGGCUUGCUGUGGAUUUCGCCUUGGUCAUUGAGUUUACAAGAGUCUUCAUCAAUACCAAAAAGAAUUUAAAUGAACAGGCGGAAUUACAACUUCCUCUCAAUACUGAUGAAAAUAGAGAUGGUGACAAUGAUGCAUUUGCGGUACGCCAUCCUCGACAAUGGCUGCUGAUGAUAUCUGCGGCUGUCGUUCAUUUGCUUGGCAACAUUUUUAAUACCAUGGCGCCAAACGACGGUAAAACCAAUCUUGUCUUCCAAUUGUCGUACGCCAUAACAUUCUUGUUGUACCUCCUCUAUGUCUACUUUGACACCCAUACUAUUAGUGUACAUGGUCCCAAGAGAUUCUACUUGCCAGAGACUCCGGGUGCUAAAACUGCUGUUUUGGCUAUU